AUGUCUGCCCCCAAAACUUCGUCCAAGUCCAAAUCAUCAAAAUCAUCAAAGAGCGAUGCAUCCAAGGUCUACAAGCUAGCCUUGAAGGGCUCAUCGAAAGUUGUGAAUGAAUUUUUUGAAUACUCGAUUAACACGAUUCUUUUUCAGCGAGGCGUAUAUCCAGCAGAAGACUUUACAGCUGUCAAAAAAUACGGCUUGACAAUGAUGGUCACUGCCGAUGAUCAAGUCAAGGCAUACAUUAAGAAGAUCAUGUCACAACUCAAGGAGUGGAUGUAUGGUGGCAAGAUUUCCAAACUCGUCAUUGUCAUCACGAGCAAAGAGACAGGCGAGCAUGUGGAGCGAUGGCAGUUUGACGUCCAAAUUUUCGGCAAAAAUGCCGCCUCAAAAGCGUCAAAGAAAGCAGGCGAUCAAGAAAACUCAGCUCCAGAGUCAAGUGAGGUUCAAGAAGAGAAGACGGAAGCCGAGAUCCAGUCUGAGAUCCAAGCCGUGUUUCGGCAGAUUACAGCAUCUGUGACUUUCCUACCAAUGCUGGAUGGCAAUUGCACAUUCAAUGUUCUUGUCUAUGCCGACGCGGAUUCCGAUGUUCCCAUGGAGUGGGGCGACAGUGACGCAAAAGAAAUUACAAAUGGCGAAAAGGUGCAGCUGAGGAAUUUCAGUACAAGCAACCACCGUGUGGACACGCUCGUAAGCUACAGCGAUAAGACCGUGACCGAUUCUGCGGGGAUCAAAGCUCAAGUGUGA